AUGGGGGUCCUCGACAGCUUUCGCUCGUCCCUCGCCCUAGAAAAGACUCAAACAAUCGGGACCGCUACCAGGCGAGUCAAAAGCACGCACUUGGAAGAGCUUGAUCAUCUCGCUGGCCGGCAAUUUCGAGCCACCCAGGCGCCCACAAUCUCCGUAUCUGGCCGCAGCCUCCCGCUGAUAUACAAGGUGAUAUCGACGCUCGUCUCGCCGCCCCAUUCCAUGGCGCUGUUCGUCCUCGAUCUUGACGGCCGCUUUGAUGCUACUCGCCUCACAUGCACGGAUGAUGACUUGCAGCAUGUCUACGUCCAACAGGCGCCAUACAGCGAAAGUUCAGGCACCGAUGUUGAACUCAUCCGAUCGCUCAUCGCAGAUGCUGAACGCUCCUUGGUCUACGACAGCUCCUCGGCGGCGUCUCUCUCUCGUGAAUUUUGGGGUACGAUUGUGCUGGGUGGACUAGGAGCGGGUGACUUGGUUGCUGGAUGGAAAGGCUGGCUUCAUGUUGAGCGAGAUCACGCUGCGGAAUAUUCUAUGAGAGUGACUAUGGAAGAGGCCUUUGAAAGACGCUCCAAUAGGCAGGAAGUCGUUGACAGUGCUGGUUGGGUUGCGGCAUCACCAUGGGGAAAGUUUACUUUCGACGAGUAA